AUGGGCAGGCUCGUUCGGACGCCCGGGGCCCGUGCAUUACGCAGAAUUGGUACAGUCGCGACGGGCUGGCAACAACAGGUGCGUGUCAAGGUCGCGCGCGGUGCAGACGGCGUAACGAGCCCCGCAGGCCCCGCCGACCGGCCGACCUUACGAUUUGACGCCCUGCACUUUUCACGCACACCACCACCCGCCGCUAGCGCUACAGUGUGUCGUCUCGUCGCGACACGGUCUCCCGCCAAAGCGCGGCCCGCG